AGCAACCACAAAAGCCAAGAAGUCAAUAAGUAAAGCUAAAAAAAUGUGAGCAAAAAAGACGAAUUUAAUCCGAAUAGAAGAGCCAAAGGAGGUCUAAAAGACCUAAAAUAUCUCCUACGGUUCAUAAAGAUGGUUUGCUGGUUGAUUUUUGGCAAGUUUUUGUCUUUUUGUUGUAGAAAUAGCCAUUUGAAGUGAUUGUACGCGCUUGCAGAAAUUUGACUUUGUAAACACUUUCUUCAAAAACUACUUCGCAAAAGGAGUCGAAAUCUUUAAAUAUUAUAAGCGAGGACAAUGGAGGAAGAAAAAAUAAAGAAGUUCCCAUCUGAAUCAAUCCAAAGUGAAGAGGAAGAGACGAGGGAUGACGCUGAAAUGGCUGAAGAAGAACCUUCAAAGUACGACUCAGCUCUUAUGUCAGAUUCAAAAUCUAGUAUUUCUUCAACUGCUUUUAGCAGGACAGAAACUCCCGAUGAACAGACUUAUGGACUUCCAAUUGAUACAAUCAAAACAAAGCACGAAGACGAUCCUGAAAAGUUAAAAAAAGACAUAGCAGCAAGAGGGAUAAUCGUACCUAGUCAAAAACUUUCAGAGCAUUCAUCAUUAAGGGGUUCAUUGAUGUCUACUGCGUUAGUUAGCGAACGUAUGUCUGAAAAUGAUUUGAAUCAGGAUAUUCCAGACAGCGAGGAAUCUAUAAUACCUUUGGAACCAGCUGCAAAUGUAGAUACUGAUUUGAUUGACAGCCGUCCAUCAAGUGCGAGCACAAGCCUGAGCGUAGAAGUACCUUUGAAAGUAGAACAAACUGACUCAGAAUCUGAGCAAAAGCUUUCCUCGCAUUCGCCGGAGCUAGUCAGGGUUGGUGAAAGAGAGACUAGUUUUAUAUCUCGRCAAGGAAAUAUAACAGUGGAAUUGUCGUCAACUUGUACGCAAACUGAAAGCAGCUGGCUCAAGGACUUAGAAUUUUAUGAAGAAAUUUCACACUUUCGGCCAGAGUGGAUAGAUGAAAUGAAGGCAAUCAAACAAAGGAAAGAAUCAAAAUCCUCAUCAGGUAGUGCAAAAGUCACUUUUUUCAAGCGCCGAAAAAAGAAAUCUGGGACUGAGCCAAGAUCAGCAGCAUCUCCUUAUGCRGAGAAAAGAGUCAGAUCUCGUAUUGAUGCAGACGAAAAGAUAGAAAAAGAAGAGGAAGAAGUAAAAGAAGAAGAAAAACUUUCCAGAGAAACAAGUUUCCAACAAUCAAGACAAUCGUUUCCUUCUCCCUCACCACAAACACCGAUACGAGAGGAUGACAUGCUUUACCGGCCGCCAACAGUAGAGAUGUCAUCGGAAAGCAGCUCUGAAGAGGAGUACGAGUACUCACCUGACGAGAGUACCUUUAUACCUAGUAUAGGUCCUCCCUCUAUACUACAAUAUAUCAAAGAAUCACAGCAGCCUCCGAUGAUGAAGGAAGAAGCCGACAGCAGGGACGAGGCACUUGGGAGUGAAAAUUUAAGAAGAAGCUUAUUUUCUGGUCCUUGUAUGUUCUGUAAGAAGGAGAUACUGCCUUUCCCAACAGAAGAAGAGAUUGAAAAUACUGAUCUUAAGUCUAGUGAUCUUUUCUGCUGUUCACAGUACAAAAACUAUAUCAAACUAGAACUGGCUAAUAACAAAUCAUUUAUGAGAGAUGAGUUGAUUGACAUCAAGCCACACCCACCUUUUGGAACAAAGGCCGCUCGGAAAGCUGCAAAGGAACGAGCUGCUGAACGAGCAAGACAACGAGAAAUGGACAGACAGAAAGCAGCUGGAGCAAGUGCAGCGGCCAAUCAAAACUUCUAUGCAUGCGCUUCCUUUGGACAUUGUUUAUAUCCUGUCAAUAACCAUCAUCACCAUUGUCCAUCAUCGUCAUCAUCAUCAAAAUCAGUAUCAUUAUCAGCAACAGUAUCCUCAUCUUCAUCAUCACACCAUCAUCUUCAGUAUCAUCUUCAAGGUAUCAUCAUCAUUCAUCAUAAUCAGUAUCAUCAGUAGCAUCAGUAGCAUCAUUUCUUUACUGUCAAAAUAACCCAAACAUUACACCUCAUGGUAAGAGAACAUUACAUUAGUAAAUAAGCAGUUCUGGGUGUUACAUAACAAAGCAGUAAUCUCAAAAUAGAUAUUCCAAAUGUUUGUUUGAAAGCUUCAGUAAAUCUUGUCUGAAAGAAGGAUAAUUCAGUGGGAAGUUUGGUAGGUGAGGGGAGCUGCCAUCUCGAAAAUCAACUUAUAAUUCGAAAUAUUAAAACUCAUAAUUUGCAUACCUGAAUAUUCCUUAGCAUGGCUCUAGUGUUACACGUUUCAACCACUUUGUGAGUUUCUGGUUUUAGCCYCCCCCUUUUUCCUUCACAACCACUAUUCCCCCUCGUGA